AUGCGCAAGACAAGCGAAGCCUUCAUCCAUUCCUUCUCAGGCACUUGGGGCGAUGAUCUCGCUUGCGUGGACCUUCGGACGGAAGACUGCGAGCAUACCAUUCUACCCGCCUCGCUCGGCGUCGCGAAGCGAAGCAAGUUGGAAUUCGCACGGUACUACAGGCAGCUGAAAGGCGUCGUUACCGAGAGUGAGAUGACGAUGGACGAUUACAUGGCCAAUGUGAAGGAACGCCGCAUUGUCGCCUUAUCGUCGCUUACCGCCAUGUCGCCUGUCGGACCGUACAGUAACCAGUACGUCUGGUUCUUGACGUUCACCGAAGAUGGCAAACAGAUCAGCGACAUCACCGAGUUCCUGGACUCGAAAUCGGCAACCGAGCUAUUGACCAAGCUGCGAGAUUCGGGGGUGCUCAAGGGUCAUUGA